UUGUAUAUAAUCAGCCAUUUUAUUCAUGCUCCAUUGCGUUCAGUCAGGCGCCGAUCGCCAUUUCCGAGGCGUAAUUUGUUGUCUCCGUCUCCGUCAAGUCCCCGUCGAGUCCACGAACGUAUCACCUUGUCGAAGAUACUUAUUGAAGUGUCAAUAAUACACCAGUAUAGUCCGGAGGGAAUGGGCGGCGCUGAAGGCAGGUUGUAGAGAGGGUCAUGCAGACAAAUAAAGCUAAGGCCGAGGCGCUGGGGCGGAAAGCAAAGCUUGCCAAUUCUUAUCAGGAGUUACUCGACGAAUUCUCAAAUAAGGACUUAAAGCAUGUUGGAAAUUAUACCUUAGGAAGGUUAAUCGGGAAGGGUUCCUUUGGAAAAGUCUACCUUGCAAACCACAAGCUCACAAAUGGCUCCAAGGUCGUUCUCAAGUCCGCCAACAAAGAUGAUUCCAACCUCGCUCGAGAAAUCCAUCACCACCGGCAAUUUGUUCACCCUCAUAUCGCGCGCCUCUACGAAAUUAUAGUAACGGAGACUUUGGUGUGGCUUGUUUUGGAGUACUGUCCAGGUGAUGAGUUAUAUAAUUAUCUCCUCAACAAUGGCCCCCUCCCUGUUGAAAAGGUUCAGAAAAUAUUCACACAGCUUGUCGGUGCUGUCAGCUAUGUGCAUCAACAGUCCUGUGUCCAUCGUGACCUAAAGCUUGAAAAUAUCCUACUUGAUAAACACGAGAAUGUCAAAUUAGUCGACUUCGGAUUUACUCGGGAAUACGAGGGCAAGUCAAAUUACCUUCAGACAUUUUGCGGUACGAUAUGUUACUCAGCACCGGAAAUGUUGAAAGGAGAAAAAUAUGCCGGUGAGAAAAUAGACGUCUGGAGUUUAGGCGUAAUUCUUUAUGCGCUACUGUGUGGGGAGCUACCGUUUGAUGAUGAUGACGACAAUAUCACCAGGAACAAGAUCCUGACUGAGGAACCCAAGUAUCCAGCGCAUUUACCUCCCGAUGCUGUUUCGCUUAUCAAGAUCCUCCUCUCUAAACGGCCUCUACUAAGGCCUACUCUACCUGAGAUCCUUUCCCAUGCGUUUCUUGCGGAAUUCGCCCCCCAGCAACAGGCGAUUCUUAAGUUGCAUCAGCCUCCACCAUUUACUACGCAUUUAGAAAAGGACUGCCUCCAGCGAAUGCGGAGUGCUGGCGUGGAUAUUGAUGCCGUUAUCGAAAGUGUGCUAGCACAGAAAUGCGACGUGCUCGCUGGCUGGUGGACGCUCUUAUUAGAAAAGGAAGAAAGAAAGGCUCGUCGGCGUGAGAGGAAGAGGAAAGAAAGGGAAGCCGAAAAUCGAAAUUCGCGCCGAUUUUCAGCGGCAUCCAGCAAGCUCGAGCGCAUGGCGCCAAUUCUAGAUGAAGAUCCCAAUGGCUCCGGCAUAUUAGGUGAGCCACCUAUGCCUAGGAUGCGAGGUCGUCCAGAGAGGAGAAGUACUGCAUAUAGUGACUUCCAAGUCCCUGAAUUACCAAACUUGCCCGAGUCUCAUAUGAAGACUCAUUUGAGUACUGAUGGUACCACACCGCCGCCGCCAGUGGACAAGGAUUCUAUUCGGUCGGUUAGUUCCUCUCAACAACGGCGACCGAUACCACCACCGAAAGAAGGCAUUCUCCGAAGUGCGAGAUCUAGAGGUUCUACUCUUCACCUUGUAACCACAUCAGAUGCAUUGGGGGGACACGAAGAACAAGAACAAGAACUUCAUCCACCACAGAAAGUACGGAGGAAGCCAUCGCAAGCGAUUUUUGCUACAUGGAAGAACUGGACGCACUGGAUCGUAGCCAGUACGAGACGGCAUAGACCCAACAAGCGGGGGAGCAUGUCUACCCCUAACCUGGCUGCUAAAGACGGCCAGUCGGGCUCCAACAAGAAUCCCAAGGAUCCUAGCCCUCGACCUCACACUAGCAAGUAUCCCAACUCUCCACAGGGUGCCCCCGAUUUGAGCGGCGGGAAUUCCCCGAAUCUACCUAAUGGGAACUUCAAAAGCAUUGGACGGAGUGAUGGUAACCCGUCUAAGAAACCUAUGCCAGCUCCGCUUUCAACGUAUUCCCAACAAGCGCCGCCUCCUAUACCGUCAUCAUAUAAGCGCCAAUCGCUAUCACCGAGCCCCCUAACGCCGCGCUCAAAUGUUCGUCGCUCAUCCAUUGGUCUUCGCGGCCGAAAGUCAACCUCGUCUUCGCUUUCCUCCAUUCGAACUAUGCCUCAUCACCACCACUCGCACUCGAAGGCUAGUUCUACCAGUUCUACUGGGUCCGUGUCGACAACGAGAACCCCCGGGCGGUCGCCACACCAUUCUGUUAAAGUUCUCCCGGCUACGCCAACUAACACCUCAUUUCCCUCUAAUAUCCGUCUCGUCCGCGGGCCGGCGCUGGCGUUGGAUUUCAACGAGGGUAUGCCUUCAUCGAAACCGGCCCAGAACCCCCCCGGCUCUCCCAAUCCCUUUACGUCAAACAGUCCUUCCGUGCUAUUCGCGAAGCGCAAGCGCAAUAUAUUCAAAGGACCCAUGCUCUCCAUUGGCAACUCAUCCCGCGCGGGUCCCAGCUCCAGCGGUCAUAACCGCAGCGCGAGUACGAGCGGACUGGGGAGAAGAAGCGGUGAAAUCACUAUCCAGGAAGAGGAUGAGGAAGGCGAAGAAGCAAUAUGUGAUGCCGAGCCCGAGGAGGAAGUCGAGGAGGUAGACGAUUUCAGCCCUAUCAUGCAGGUGCCCGGAGAAAAGGUAGAAGAAAUAUAUGAAGGUGAGGCUGACUCGAAAGAUGAUGCUCUAGACCUUGGUUCCAGUGUUGGAACCUUGAAAGCUGGCGAGCGUGAUAGGGAUUGACGACUUGAUGAUACCCUGUGAUAGCAUGAACGCAUUGUAGCGGAGCGAGUUCUUGUUGUUAUUUUUUUGACGGAAUUCCCAGCCGUACUGUUAUAUACCUCCCAAAGACUUUUGCUUGUGUUUUUAAUUUUCUAGGCUGUCAGCUGAGCAGCAAACAGCACAUAUUUGCGGCUCAGGUCUGUACAGCCUUGUUGUAUUUUUG